UCGGAAGACUGCGCUCCCCGACUCUCAUACUUGGAAGGCGCGCUGGGACCCAAUUCUGCCACAGAGCCCAGAACAAGUCGACAUCCUCCCGACUUCGGUCCUGAAGCUGUCAGGAGCGGCGGCAGCGACGGUCGUGAUCGAUUCCGCUUUGAGGGCUUGAGAGAUUGCAACCGACCCAGCCCGCUGGAGGUGAGCUAGUCUGCAACACCUUUUCGGUGGGGAACGAAGAACCCCGACUGGAUCUCCUAGCCAGCCAGUGCUUUGGAGGGUCUCUCCGGACUUCAGCCCCGAAGGCUUCGCACGCCAAAGCCGGGAGCCACCCGCAGGUGUGCGUGCUGUGGGUCCCAACCCCACCUCGGCCAGCCUCAUCCUCAGCACUGGUGCCCAAGUCCCGAGAGCGCUUUGGGCUUGGAUAGCUCCCUCCAGUCAGAGGCCAGAAGCAGCGAGGCUGGCGCCAGGGCUGCCCUGUGUUGCCUCGGAUCCUGCGCGGUCGACGUCGGUAGCCGGCCGGAGCCUGGCAUGACGGCGGAGAGCUCCCAGUCCUCGACUUGUGCCGCGGCGGGCCAUGCGGAGAGCGAGGCGGCCGGCUCAGAGUCGAGGCUUCCCGCGCUAGUGAAGGCGGAGCCGCCCCCGCCUGCGGAAGCCUUGGAGCUGGAGCCGUCGGAAGAAGAGGCGGCAGCCGCUGGGGGGCCGCGGGCCGCCGCUGGCGGGCGUCGCAGGAAGCGGCCUCUGCAGCGCGGGAAGCCUCCCUACAGCUACAUCGCCCUCAUCGCCAUGGCCAUCGCGCACGCCCCGGAGCGGCGCCUGACGCUGGGCGGCAUCUACCGCUUCAUCACCGAGCGCUUCCCUUUCUACCGCGAAGGGCCUCGCAAGUGGCAGAACAGCAUCCGCCACAACCUCACGCUCAAUGACUGCUUCGUCAAGGUGCCCCGAGAGCCCGGCCGGCCGGGCAAAGGCAGCUACUGGGCCCUCGACCCGCACGCGCGGGACAUGUUCGAGAGCGGCAGCUUCUUGCGCCGCAGGAAGCGCUUCAAGCGCAGCGACCUCUCCACCUACCCGGCCUACAUGCACGAGGCGCAAGCCCAGCCCGUCGUCGGGCCUCCGCUGAGCACGGCCUACGCGCCGCCCGCCGCCUUGUGCUACCCGUCCCCGCCGUCCCUCUUUAGCCUGGGCCCCCUCAUGGCACAGCCGGGCCCCGAGCUGGCCCAGCAGCAGCAUAGCCCGGACGUGACCGCCUCUCCUGGCGGUGCAGCCUGCUCCUUUGCUGCAUCCACUGCUUACCCCAGCCAAGGCUGUGCAGCAGGCCCUGGCCUCCCGAGGCCUCCCAAUGCGGUGCCUUACUCCUACCCGCUCCCCAGUACUCAGCAGCUCCAGGUGAACCAAGGCUCCUACUCGCCCAGCAGCAGCAACCACCUCUUUGGGGCCUCUGCCCGCCUGGCGAUGCCUACCUCACCCCCACUCAGUAAUGACACUAUGGAUUUCUAUGGCAGGAUGUCUCCUAGUGCCUACAGUUCCUUGGCUCAUGGGUACAAUGCCGGGGGACAGCUCAGCAGCCCUGGGGCCUACUUGCGGCACGCGGCCUAUUCCAGCAACAUGGAAAGGUUUGUUUCUGCCAUCUGAAGGCAAGGAGGAACUCGGGGUUGGAAGAAGAUGACAGUCUGGGGCAGGGGUCAAGAUCUGCAGCUAUGCCUGUCCAGUGGCCUGUGUUGUCCCACCCUGUGAUCAUAAGCAUGUUACUCUCCACUGUGGGCGGUCACAGCAUUCCUCAGCCACAUGUGACUGGAUGUUCUCUUGAGAACUGCUAAUUCAAGACCAAAAAGGAGCAGGAUGGUGACCAUGUGAGGUUCUUGACUAUCAGAAUGACUGAAACCUUUGAAGUGUGUGUACUAUGUGAUAUGAAGCUAGUGACUGAAGGGGUACGGACUUGGGGUAUCUAGAAAGCACAGGGAAGCCGUUUUCGGCAAGACUGUGAAGUGUGAAGACAGCUUCCUAAAUAAAUCCUGGGCUUCCCCACUCCUGGUUGUUUGCCUGGGCUUGACUUUGUGGGCUUCUUGCCUUUCUGCUGCAGCCAUAGUUUUCAUAAAUAGCCAAUCUCUCUCUCUCUCUCUCUCCCCAUUCUUUUGGCCUAGCAAAUUAUGAAUAACUAGGUGUGUGUGUUAUUUCUCUGUGUAAACCACCCUGAGCCAUUUUUGGAAGGGCGGUAUAGAAAUUGAAUGAAUGAAUGAAUGAAUGAAUAGCUUUGAUUCCAAGUUUUCAGUGACUUGUGAAUCACAAAUUCAUUUGGUCAAAUAAAGAUGGGGUCAAUGAAUCACACUUCCUUUUGGGUCCUUGAGCCAAACACGCUAUAUACUGUCUUCUGAUAGCUUUGGAAAUGCAAAUGCAAUAAAUAACUUUCCCAACA